AUGUACUCCCUUGCCAAGGUAUCAAGAGGCCAAUCGGCUCUCAAAAGCGCUUUCUCAAGAUCAGUCUCUUCAAAAGCUUCUUCAGCAGGUGGUGUUAGCGUCAUCGGAUUUGAGAAUAAAGGUCCAGCAGCCACUUCAAGUUUAACAGUAGCUAUCAAAGCUGGGUCAAGAUACGAAACUACUCCUGGUGUCGCUCACGUAUUGAAAAACUUUGCUUUCAAGGCGACCGCCAACGCUUCUACUUUGAGAACAGCUAGAGAAACAGAAUUAUACGGUGGUGUUUUGUCUGCUGCUCUCACAAGAGAACACCUUUUCCUCUCUGCUGAAUUCCUUCGAGGGGACGAGGAACAUUUCCUCUCUGUACUCGCUUCAGUCCUUUCAUCAUCCCAAUUCCACGGUUACGAGCUUAAAGAACUUGUUUUACCCGUUGUUCAAAGCGAAUCCGUUUUCGCCCAAACAUCACCUUCAACACUCGCACUUGAUGUAGCACAUAACCUUGCAUUCAGAAAAGGAUUAGGAAAUUCGCUUUACGCUUCACCUCAUUAUCCAGUAACUCUUGAUGACGUUAAAUCAUUUGCUCAAGGAGCAUUUUCCAAAUCCAAUGUAGCCGUUAUUGGAUCUGGUAUAUCAACCGAAGCUUUAUCCCAAGCUGUUUCUUCCGCUUUUGGUUCAGGUACAUCUUCACCUACUUCAGGUUCAUUAAAAACUCAAAGUACUUCUUACUUUGGUGGUGAAACCCGAAUUCCAUUGGAUAUUCAUGCACCAGCAACUUCAGUCCCGACAAUGGUUAUAGCUUAUGGAUCAAGUUCAACCGCUUCUCCAGAUCUUAAAGUAUUGAAACAUUUAUUAGGUGGUGAAUCUUCUCUUAAAUGGACUCCAGGUGUUUCACCUCUUUCUCAAGCCGCCGAUAAAGUUCCAGGUUCUUCAGCAAAAGCUUUCUUACUUCCUUAUUCAGACGCCGCUCUUUUCGGUGUGGUCGUUUCUGCUCCUACUUCAGUUCAACUCGCUGGUCUCGCCAAAGAAGUCGCUUCAAUCAUCAAAUCAGCGGGCAAAGAAGCAAAGGACGAAGAAGUAAAGAGAGCUGUCGCAAAAGCUAAAUUCGCAGAUGCUACAUCUACCGAAACCCUUGAAGGCCUCGUAGCUCAAGCUGGUCCUGCUCUCUUCUCCGGUGGCGAGAUCAAGUCCGAGUCAUUCUCCGGUGUUUCUGCUUCUUCCAUUUCCAAAGCCGCUUCCGAGUUACUCAAGAGUAAACCUACCGUUGUUGCUAUUGGAAACGUUUCCGUCUUGCCUUAUGCGUGA